ACUUUUCAUAUACACUUCGAAAAUAAACAAACAAAUUGGCAAAGCUGAAAACGCAAGAAAGAGAAACAAAAACGUGCACUUUGGCUUAGGCGUUGUUGUGCGAUUGCGACCAUGGCUGCAACAGAAGCUCCAUCAAAUGAGCAGGUUUACAAAGUUCCCCUCAAAGUUUUUGUGGACAGAAAUGAAAACAAAGUUCUGUUUGCCGAGGCAAGAAAGGAUUUCGUGGACGUUCUACUCAGUUUCUUAGCAUUGCCUUUAGGUACCAUUGCAAGACUCGUUGCUAAGGAGUCAAAUAUUCCACCGGUGAAAGUUGGAAGCCUGAGUUCAUUGUAUGAGAGUGUGUCACAUAUUGAAGAAGAGCAUCUAUGGACAAAGACAUGCAAAGAAAUGCUUCUGCAUCCAAGGACCUCUAUGGAAUCUUAUUGCCAGCUCCUGAAACUCAACAUCGACGACACUCACCCCACAAAGUAUUUCCUGUGUGAGGACUUGGGGUGUAGUAGGAAGACAAAUGGAAGCCUUUUAAGCAUUUUCAACAAUCAAAGAUGCAGUUGUGGAAAACUAAUGAACAGAAUAGUGUAUCCAGAAGUUAUUACUCUACAAAAGGGCUUUGUUAAGGAAACUGCUACUUUUAUAAUUUGUGACGAUCUUUCCGUGUUGCCUAAUGUUCUUGUAACAAUUGUGAAUCUACUCCAGAAUCUUGGAGUCAAAGACAUGGGUGCAAUUGAGGAACAAACUGUGGAUAUCAGCAAGAGAGAGGUUGUUGAUCUUCUCAAGUUGUCGUUGAUAUCAAAGAACCCUUUGACAGAUUUUGUCUUUGAGAAGAAACCACGUGUUGAUGAUUUUAACCCAAUAAACCAAUCCUGGUUCGAGAGAGGAGAUGAAUCACCUGAUGAAGGUAGAAAGAUAGUUGUGAGGGUACUGGUAAGAAAAUCAAAUGAAAAGAUUGUGUUUGCUGAUGCAGAAGAAGAUUUUGCAGACUUGGUUUUAAGUUUUCUGACUUUACCUUUGGGUGGGGUGUUGCACAUGUUGGAAGGAAAUUCUUGUUUGAGCUGCAUAGAUAAAUUGUACAAGAGCAUUUCUGAACUGAGUCCUGAUAGAUAUUUACGGUCACAGAUAAUCAAAGAGGAACUAGCUAAUCCAAAAUGUGCCCCUCUAUUCAGCAUUAGUGAUCAGAUAUUACCAAUUGGCGAGGUAUCAUUGCCUGUUUAUUAUUGCAAUACGUUCAUUCAUGGGAAAGAGCGCCAUGUUAUUUGUUCUACUUCACCCAGGCCUCGUAUUUAUGGGUAUGACAUGAGUUCUCGAUUAGAGAUUUUUGAUCCAAAGUCGUGUAUUGGGGAUUCACGGAGUGGUAAAGGAUUUGCCAAAGGACCAUCAACGUUCGUGGUGACUGAUGACUUGGCUGUGACUCCAAUGUCAUCCAUUUCUGCUGUUUCUUUUCUAAAUAGGUCGCAAGUUCCUCUCUAUGACUUGGAGGAAAGGGUAAUUAGUAUUGGUGUGAAGGAGGGAUUGGCCAUACUAAAAGCUUCCCUGACCUCAACAUCUGCUUUGACUGAAGGUUUACAACAACAAUUCACAAAAGUCAUCGAGUUGGAGAUUUGACCAAUUAUUUCCAUCUUGUAAUGGCUAGUUUCUAACAUUGGUGACAUUGUCUGGUGUUAACAUUAGUUAGUUCUGUUUGUUGUAUCAACGAAUAUUACCACGAAUCUACCACUCACCUUUGGCUUUAUUUUCCUUAAAACAACUUGCUAUGUACAUCUUCUAAUGGGAUUUCUAACGUGAUAA